UACGAUCUUCCCAUUUUCAAAAGGUGUAUUGAUUGUAAAGCUUUCAUUCAAAUGCCCUACAGUAGGCCGAACUCGCGGGGAAGUCUACUCCACAUGACGCACACAGGCGUGGUCUGCACGGUCCUGUCUGACAGCACCAGGGCAGAGCUUGCUGUUACAAAGUUCAGUUUGCAUCAGAAAAGAGGUGGGGCCCAGUGCUUAGCAAUAAAUACAGGAAACGGAGAGAUAUGGCACAGAAGGUUGGGAUCAACACACAGCAGCACCGACAAUAGAACGCCGUUCAUGUCAACACAUAAGGCGAACCAUUGAGAUCAUCGCGUACACAUCGAACAAGUCGAUUUAUUGGGUUCUCGUUUUGAACCGCUGUUCAAACGGAGUGGUAUGAAUGAGAACCUGGACGCUCAGGAGGAUGAGCUGCUGGCUCUGGAAAGCAUCUUCGGCCCUGAGGUGUUCGUGCGGGCGGCGGACGGGACGCGCGCGGCCGCCGCGGGGGAGCUGCGCGUGUCCGUUGAGCUGCCGCAGGACUUCUUCGUAGCUGUCAAAGACGGCGAUGCCUUCGUUUAUUACGGAGUCUCGUCGCUUCCAACGCUGACUCUCAGGUUCGAGCUGCCGGAGGGUUAUCCAUCCUCCAGCCCCCCGACGUGCACUCUCAGCUGCAGCUGGCUGACCGACGCGCAGGUGUUUGCGUUGGACGCUCAGCUCGCUGCUCUGUACCAAGCCACCGGCGGCGCUGUUGUGCUCUUUUCCUGGGUGCAGUUCCUCAAAGAAGACACCUUAAGCAUCCUAAACGUCAACUCUCUGCUGGUGCUUCCCUAUAACGUCAACAGCCCUCCUUGUUCUGAAGAUGUGACCUCCCCUGCUCCGAACCCUGGCAGCGACCGCUCCGACCGCGCCGCGCCUCCCAGAGACAUCAGAGACUCUGAGGGGGCGGCUGGCCUCGCUCCAGCCCUAAAGGAUUUUCCGCUAAUCGAUCAUCUCCCCGAUGAGGAGGAACCCUCAGACGGGGGCGGUACGACCGCUCGGACUGUGAACAGUCCUGAUGAUGAUGAUGAUGAUGAUGAUGCACCUCUCAGCUCAGAGAGUACAGACGGCGUUCCCGCCUUAAACCAAAGCACCUCAAAACCAGACGGCAGCUCACGUGGGGCGGCGGCCCAUCUCCCCGAGGCCUGCGACCGUCCCUGUUCCUCCUCCUCCACCCCUCCGGCCGCUGCGGCGGCCCCCGCCCCCCCGCCGCGGGCCUCCUCCUCCUCCCAGACUCUGCUGUCCGUCAUCCUGCUCCACGACGCCGCCCAGAGGCAGCGGCGGUUCGCGGAGAGCGUGCGGGACUGCGGCGUGUGUCUGGCGCCCGUGCUGGGCGCCAAGUGCAUGCAGCUCAGGGACUGCGAGCACGUGCACUGCGAGCCCUGCCUGGCCCAGUACUGCACCGGCCUGAUCGCCGAGGGCAACGUGCGCGGCGUCACCUGCCCGCAUCCCCGCUGCAAGGCCACGCCCACUCCGGCACAGGUGAGGAGGCUCGUGGGAGAAGACCUCUUCUACCGCUACGAACGUCUCCUGUUGCAGACCACUCUGGACUCGAUGACGGACGUGGUGUACUGCCCGCGGGUGUUCUGCGCCAGCGCGGUGAUCGUGGAGCCCGGCAGCGACGUGGCCCAGUGCUCCGUGUGCAGCUUCGCCUUCUGCGUGGCCUGCAGACAGAGCUACAUGGGAGGGGGCCCUGUCCGGCAGCCGGCCCCCCCAGGAGGACAGCCAACGAGGAGCGGGACUACGCAGACAUACACAGUCUCUGGGCAGUCUGUUGUUCUGUCUCGGUUCCCCCGGUUGGACCGCUCCUCCGGCUGUCUCCCAGAGGGUAUGAUGGCGCUCUGGGAGGACUACUGCAGUGGCAGCGCUCAGAGGAAGAAGCUGUUGGAGCAGCGCUACGGCGCCCGGGUCCUGAAUACCUCCAUGUCGAAUUACCUGAACGAAGGUUGGUACGGCAACAACGAGACCAAAAACUGCCCUUUACUGCAAGGCCACAAUACAGAAAAAUGGUGGAUGCGACCAUAUGCAUUGUGCCGUCUGUGAGCGGCAUUUCUUAUGGGAAAAUCUGCCGAUCAACAAGUACGUACCGUAGCCAACAUUAACACUGUAUACAGUGUACCCUUACUUUAUACAGGUAGAUACCGUUAUAAUCUAUUGCUACAUAGCCAACGUUAGCAUUAAUAGUCGUUAUUUAGCAGUUCAACCUCAAACUUCUUUCUUUAUUCAGCGGGUAACUCUUGUUUUGCUUCUAUUUCUAUAAUUUUCUUGGCCACCAUUGACGAGAGGUUAGACUACGCCAUCUUUCUCAUCGUGUAGUUUUACAACACGUUACGGGCAAGCUGGGGUGCUAGCUGGCCUAGCUGCUAACUCAAGUAAACAUCUGUAACAAUUGUAAUGGAAAAUUAUAACUAAUUAUAACUAUUUUAACUGCCAUUUGUUGAUUAUGCAUUUUGGCUGACAUCCUUGGGGUGGUCAAGGAUCAAAGAUAAGAUAAGAUACAACUUUAUUAAUCCCCCGUAGGAGAAAUUAGUUUUUUGCAAAAUUAGCCCAGCAGCAGUGGAAGGACACAGGAUAAAAUGACAAUACAAUCAAUACAAAGUGCUAAUGCAUAAGUAGACGCUUAUAGUUAAAAUAGGGACAAAAACAAGACAAACAGCACCAACAUCAUGAUGGGUGAUGCAUAUACACAUAUAUACGCAUACCUAAACACACACACACACAUGCAUAUGCAAACACAUAGACAUACACAAACACAAUCAUCACCAGGCACCGUUGAACAGCCUAAUGGCUGCCGGCACAAAGGAGCACCUGAAGGGCUCCGUCUUGCACCUGGGGAACGUGAAGCUGUGGCUGAAGGUGCUCCUCAUCUGCCACAGCUCAGCAUGCGGGGAUGGGAGGUAGCACUAGGAACAGGUAGAGUGGCUAGACAAUGCAAGGGAUAGGAGACAGAGCUUGCAUGAUGAAGGGGAAACAACAUGGUGGAUUUUUCCAUCACACGUGUGUGGAGCAGAGCUGAUCUCAGCAGUUCUGAGACCUGAUCCACGGUAUAAGAAGUCCUUGCAUCAGACAAUGCGUCAGACUUCAGCUUGCGGCCUCUUGGAGAGACGCAGGGGGAACUCCCAUCUAGGCCUUUGAUUAUUGUAUGUUAUAUUUUGUUUGUUGUAUCAUUGUUUGUAAGUUAUUGUACUGUUAUUACCCAAAUAUAUGAACAUAAUUGUUAUAAGUUCGGAUGACUCUUUCUUCUACCUGCAGUUUGGUCAGUUUAUGAUUGACUUUACAUUACACUUUACAUUAAUGGUACAUUAAUUAACCAUUAAUUAACAUAAGUUAAUGCAGUAAUAAACAUGAACUAACGAUCAACUAACCAUUAGUCCAAAUUUUAUUUUUGGAUUAUUAACCAUUCACCGAGAUUGGUUAAUGCAGUAAUAAGCAUUAUUGUAUAGUGUGUAUAUAUAUAUAUAUAUAUUGUAAUAUAUGUAUGUAUAUAUUAUCUUUAGCAUAGGAGUCAGGGUUAGAGUAAGAGUUGGCGGGUAAGGGUUAACAAUGUGAUCAAUCUGUUAAACAUUGUAUACAUUAAUAUCUUUGUUAAGAUGAACCCCUUAGUAAAUUAUAACUAGACCAUUAGAAAACUGUUUUACUAUUUUACCCAUAUUUUUGAGUUGUACUAAACAUCUCUGCAACACAAUACAUAGCAUAUUUCACAUUACGUCCAAACUGUCAUUUCUUCAGAUCCUGUUGUUAAUUGUAAUUCUUUAAAUUGUUUAUGUUUUAAACUGUAUGUUUUGCACCUUUGAGUAAAUUAGAUAAAGGAUUGGCAAGA